AUGGUUUCAAUUUCAAAAAUUGUUUCCUCAAGCUUAAUAUUUGCUGCAAAUGACCAAUUUAGAGAUGUUGGUUCUGUUGACUUGGCUGCUAAGACACAAUACAACAUCGUUAAAUAUAUGUAUGGUAAUGGACCAUAUAUGCAAAAUCCAGGGUAUGGGAUUUCUACAGAUGUACCUGACCAAUGUACUCUUGAACAUGUACAGGUUUACAUGAGACAUGGAGAGAGAUAUCCUGGUAUUUCAGAUGGAGAAAAGCAGAAAGCAUUGGUUGAUAAGUUGCAAUCGUAUAAUUCAUCUCUCUCUGGACCAUUGUCAUUCUUGAAUGACUACGAAUAUUAUGUCAAAGACGAUUCGUUGUACGAGUUAGAAACGACACCUUCUAAUGCGAAAGGUCCUUUUACUGGAUACGAAACUUGUAAUAAGGCCGGCCUGGCAUUUAGAGCUAAAUACAAUGACUUGUAUAACGAAAAUGAAACAUUGCCUGUUUUCAUUGCUGCAUCUAAAAGAGUUUAUGAUCUGGCUGAUUUCUUCGUUAAUGGGUUUCUCGGAGAGGAUUACGAUGAGGACAAAAUCAAGAGAGUGGUUAUUUCUGAGGAAAAAUCAUCCGGUUUCAACUCCUUGACACCACGUUGGGCUUGUCCACUGUACUAUAACCCAAAUACUACGGCACCAAAAUUUAAGUCUGACUAUCUCGAAGAUAUUGCUGAUAGAUUGAAAACAGAUAACGAUGGCUUAAACCUUACUAGCUCGGAUAUUCCAUAUUUAUUCCAAUUAUGUUCCUUCGAACUCAAUUCUAAAGGCUAUUCUCAGUUUUGUGAUAUUUUUACACAAGAUGAAUUGGUUACUAAUGAUUACGCCCAAGGAUAUAAUUCUUACCAUUCAGCUGGUGCAGGUAGCGAAACUAGUAAGUACGCUGGGUCCGUCCAAUUAAACGCAAGUUUAGCUUUAUUGAAGGAAGAUGACCCAAAAAAUAAGAUUGUGUUAUCUUUCACGCAUGAUACUGAUAUUCAAGUAUUUUACGCUAGUUUAGGGCUUUUUGAUGUCUCGGGUGAAAUGCCAUCCGACAAAGUUGAUGUGAGAAACGCUUUCCGUCGUACUGAGGUGGUUCCAAUGGGUGGAAGAUUAAUCACUGAAAAGUACAAAUGCGACGGGAAAUCCUAUGUUAGGUUUAUCGCCAAUGAUGCCGUUAUUCCACUUCAGAACUGUUCUGAUGGUCCAGGCUUUUCAUGUAGCUUGACUGAAUUUGAAGAUAUCGUUAGCAAAAAACAGUCUUUCAACUUAUUAGAUAAAUGUAACACGCCUGACGAUAUUCCUCAUGAAUUAACAUUUUAUUGGGAUUAUGAUGAAAAGAAUUAUAAUGCCACAGCUCCUAGAGUUACUGCAUGA